AUGCUCGAAUGCAUCGGCGAAGAUCCCAAUCGAAAAGACCUCCUCGAAACACCACGUCGUUACGCCCAAGCCCUCAUCGAUCUCACCUCCGGCUACAAGCUCGACACUCACGCCAUCGUUGGCGAAGCUCUUUUCCAUGGGGCAUAUACUGGUAUGGUCGUUGUCAAGGACAUCGAGGUCCACAGUCUUUGCGAACAUCAUCUUCUUCCCUUUUUAGGCAAGAUCCACAUCGCCUACAUACCCAACAGCACCGUCAUCGGCCUCUCCAAAGUCCCGCGCAUCGUGCAAAUGUACUCUCACAGACUGCAAAUCCAAGAGCGUCUGACGUCGCAAGUGGCUUAUGCCGUUCAAGAUGUCGUGAAGGCGAAGGGAGUCGCGGUCGUGAUGGAGGCUUCGCACUUGUGUAUGAAGAUGCGGGGGGUUGAGCAGACUGACGCUACUACUGUCACGAGCUGCUUCAUGGGGUGUUUCGAUGAGAAGCCAGAGCUUCGAAGCGAGUUUUUGAGGUAUGUUGGGGUUCGCAAGGGGUAG